AUGCGUCUCUCUCUUGCCUUCGCUGCUCUCCUGCCUCUCGUCGCCCUUGCCAUCCCCACCGCCCACCCCCGCUCCUCCGCAUACGAGAAGGACUUGCCAGCGGUCGGUAGCGCAGACUAUGCUGACACAGCCAAGGUCAAGUACGACCGACGCGACGACGCGUACACGGAUGCGAUCAAGGUCAAGUAUGACCGCCGCGACGAUGAGUACACCGAUGCCAUCAAGAUCAAGUACAGUCGACGUGACGAGGACUAUUCGGACGCGAUCAAGGUUAAAGAUGACCGCCGCGAUGACGAGUACACCGAUGCCAUCAAGAUCAAGUACAGCCGACGUGACGAGGACUAUUCGGACGCUGUCAAGGUGAAGUACGACCGCCGUGACGAAGACUAUUCGGACGCCAUCAAGGUCAAAUACGACCGUCGCGACGAGGACUACUCCGACGCAAUCAGGAUCAAGUAUAGCAGACGAGAUGAGGAUUACUCUGACGCGAUCAAGGAGAAAUAUAACCGCCGCGAUGACGAUUAUUCCGAUGCGAUCAAGAUCAAGUACAGCCGACGUGACGAGGACUAUUCGGACGCUGUCAAGGUGAAGUACGACCGUCGUGACAAAGAGUAUUCCGACGCGGUUAAAGUCAAGUAUGACCGCCGCGAUGAGCCCUAUACCGACGCCAUCAAGGUCAAGUACGAUCGCCGUGACGAGGAGUACUCCGACGCGAUUAAAGUCAAGUACGACCGCCGCGAUGAGGAAUACACCGAUGCGAUCAAAGUCAAGUACGACCGCCGCGAUGACGAGUACACCGACGCUAUCAAGAUUAAAUACAGCCGCCGCGGCGACGCAUACGUCGACGCGAUCAAGGUCAAGUACAACUGA